AUGAGCCUGAUUGUUGAUACAAUCAAAAGCACAACUGCUGAUCAGAAGAGGUCAUGUGGAUAUGCACCACACAUCCAGAUGCUUAUCAACUCCAUGGUUGGUACAGGAACAUAUCUACUUGACAGAGAGCACCUUCCUCUUUGGCCAGAGUUUGAAGGUAAUGAAGUGGUGAAGGAUGCUUCACAUCCAACUUCGGCUGAGGCCCAAGAGAAGGGAAAGGCAGCAAAAGAAGCAAAAGCAGCAAAGACAGCAAAUGCACCCAAUGCAACAAUAGUCAAUCUCAAAUCAAAGCAAGACCAGUUGACAUAUCUGCUAGAAGCAACACUGAGGAUUGAGCGAAGUUUGGCCAACUUAGCCAAGAACCAGGAGAGCCUAGAGCGGAUAGUUGAAGACAAAAUGACGCCUGCACUCCGCCUGCGCCGGUCCCGCACCUGCCCGCCGGGUCACCGGGAGCUGAUACUCCUCCGCCCGUUGCCGGCUACCACAGGCCGGCUCCGCCCGUCGCCGCCUCCCCCGACCACGCUGCCGCGUCGCCCGCUGCGCCGGCUGCGGCUCCCUGCCGCCUCCCGCGCCCGAUGUCCGACCUCCGUGCGUUCCCGGGUCCUCUGUCGCCGCUCCACCAACUGCGCGGGCCGGCUCCGCCUCCCGCCCGUAGGCUGGGUCAGCUCGCCGUUCGCUGGCUCCGCCCAAGCGCUCGGCCAUGGCGCCGGCUUCUCUGUGCCCCGCGCCGGCUUCGGGUGGCCGCCUCGCGCGCAGCCGCGUCCCGCCUCAGGCCGGCUCCUUCCGGGCUUGCCGGCUUCCGCUCACCCGGCCACUGCCGUGCCUCCGGCCGACUCCGCCUUGCCGCCGCGCCCGGCCGACUCCUGCAGCACCCGGCCGCCGGGUCACUGGCACCCCUGCCUCCGGCUUUGUCCCUCUCCGGACUACGUCGGUCCUUGCCGGCUCCCCCCAGCUCAGCCGGCUCUCGAGCACCGCCACUUCCGCGCCGGCUCCGCCCUUGCCGAGACGCCUCGCCCGCCCACCGGCUUCCGCGGGCCGGCUUCACCUCGCCUCGGCCGCCUUCGCGCCGACCCGGCCCCUGUCCCGGGCUGCCUCCUCGCGGCCGUGCCGGCUUCCAGCACCCCCGCGCACCCAGCCCGGGCCGGCUCGCCGCCUCUUCCGCACCCUGCGCAGGCCGGCUCCUCCGUCCCGGCCACCCCCAACCUCGCGCCUUCGCCUGGCCUGUCGGCUGGCCGCCCGCGCCUCGUCGCCUCGUGCCCCUGCCGUGGCCGCGCGCUGGCUCUGGCGGAUCCGCCCCUGGCCACGCCGGCUGCGCCGGCUGCCCCGCCUCCCAGCCCGCCCGCUGCGACCAGCGCAUCCUGUGGCCGACUCCCGCUCACCCCGCGCCGGCUCAUCCCCACCUCCUCGCCGCGCCCGUCAGUCGCCUCCGCUGCGCCCGGCCGGCUCCGCUCCCUGAGGCACCCGCUCGCCGGCUCCGCUCCGACGAGCCGCCCCCGUCCGGCCGGCUCCGGGUGGCCGCCCCGUGCCCGGCCGCGGUGCCUCCGCCUCCUGGUGGCCGCUGCUCCAGGCCGGCCCCUGCGCCCGCUCGUUCUGCUGCGUGCUGGAGGCAGCCGCUAA